GAGGGGAUUGGAGCUGCCGCAGCGCGCGGCGACAGAGAGGAGCAGCGCUGGGCGCUUGCGGCGGGUCCUCCUCCUCCUCCGCCCUCCGGCUUCUUGUCGCUGCUGCUCGCCGCUGCUCGCCGCCUGCAUCCCCAGCCGCGGCGCCCGGAGGAGGAGGAGACGCCGCUGCCUGCAGGGUCCCUGCCGCAGUCUCCCACAGUCUCUCGGGGCCUCUCUUUCUCGCCGCGGCUCGCACCUCUCCGCGCCACGAUGGGGCUGCUGGACUCAGAGCCCGGCAGCGUCCUGAACGCGGUGUCCACUGCACUCAACGACACUGUGGAGUUCUACCGCUGGACCUGGUCCAUCGCAGAUAAACGUGUAGAAAACUGGCCGCUGAUGCAGUCUCCAUGGCCAACGCUAAGUAUAAGCACACUGUAUCUCCUGUUCGUGUGGCUGGGUCCAAAGUGGAUGAAAGACCGGGAGCCAUUUCAAAUGCGCUUAGUGCUCAUAAUCUAUAAUUUUGGCAUGGUUUUGCUUAACCUUUUCAUCUUCAGAGAGCUAUUCAUGGGAUCAUACAACGCAGGAUACAGCUAUAUUUGUCAGACAGUGGAUUAUUCUAAUAAUGUUAAUGAAGUCAGGAUAGCUGCUGCCUUGUGGUGGUACUUUGUAUCGAAAGGAGUUGAAUAUUUGGAUACAGUGUUUUUUAUCCUGAGAAAGAAAAACAACCAGGUGUCUUUCCUUCAUGUAUACCAUCACUGCACAAUGUUCACACUGUGGUGGAUUGGAAUCAAGUGGGUGGCAGGGGGCCAAGCAUUUUUUGGGGCCCAGAUGAAUUCUUUCAUCCAUGUGAUCAUGUACUCCUAUUAUGGACUGACUGCAUUCGGCCCCUGGAUCCAGAAAUAUCUUUGGUGGAAGCGAUACCUUACCAUGCUGCAGCUGGUUCAGUUUCACGUCACCAUUGGGCACACAGCACUGUCUCUCUACACUGACUGCCCCUUCCCCAAGUGGAUGCACUGGGCACUAAUCGCCUAUGCAAUCAGCUUCAUAUUCCUCUUUCUCAACUUCUACACCCGGACGUACAAUGAACCCAAGCAGUCAAAACCUGGAAAGGCAGCCGUGAAUGGUAUUUCAGCAAAUGGCGUGAGCAAGUCAGAAAAGCAGCUAGUGUUAGAAAAUGGGAAACCCCAGAAAAAUGGAAAGCCAAAAGGGGAGUAGACUGACCUGGGCCUUACCUGGUUGACAGUGAGGAAACUCCUGUGUCAUAUAAAAUUUCAGGGGCAACAGAAGCAGAGGGCCUGGUGUGGGGAGAGAGGCAGAUGUGCUCCGUGCACCUUCAGAUUGAGCAGACCUUUCCAAAUGCUACCCAGAUGUUUUAUUUAUGAAGUUUUUUAUUUUAAACACCUUUUUUUUUUUAUAUUAGCCUCGAAGUUGUCCAGACCAAAGCAAUCCCAAUGUGACAUUGGAGCCCCUCCUCCUGUUCACACCCACCUGCUCAGUGGGUGACAAUGUCACCCAUCUUACAUUCACCCCUUCUUCAGUCUGAAUUUUAGAUGAUCAUAGAAACACAGUUUUAUGGAAAAAAAAAAAGUUUUUUUUUUUUUUUUUUUUUUCUCUAAAUUACCAGUUCCCCACUGGUUGCAGAUCUGGUGUUUUCUUGUCCAGAGAUAGAGUUGUGGAUACAUUUGAAUUUGGAUUCAUUUGUUGACCCUUGUGGUCAAAUCUCUCCACCUCUAGUCGGAAUAGUCCCUUUUGGCUGUAAUUAAAUUUGAAAACUCUGCUAAUCUCUGUAGAAUCUUAGAGGCUUGAUGAUGAUGAUGGUGUUGGUGAAAAUAAGAAAGAAAACCAGUAAAAUCUUGUCUUGUGACCCAAAGGCCACCGUGACAUAACGGCGCAAAUCACUGUGGGAAACAAUUUUUUUUUAUUUUGUUUUUGUGAUGAGGAAGGUAGCCUUUGAAUACUCGUAUUGUUAGCAGAAAUGUAUUAUGAGGAUUAAAAUUAUUGAAUGAUUGAAACAUGAAACAACUCAUGUCUUUGUUAGUAACAUCUAAGGUAGUCACAUUUAUACACAGUUAGAACUCUAAGGGCAUAUUGAUUAUAUCAGGCUUUCCUUGUUUUGAUUUGUGGCUGUUGCUGAUUUUUUCAUAUGUGGACAUACACCUACCUCUUCUGUUGGAAAGAACAUUUAACUAAAAUAAAAUGAAAUAAAUUUUACUUAAAACAAAUCAAGGAGUCCUCUAAUGUAAAAUUUAAUUUUAACUUUUAGACUUCCUUUUUUGUUUAUUUUAUUUACAAAUAGCACAUACCAAACAUUUCUGUGAUGUCAUCCAUCUCUUUCGAUGUGUCUCAUUUUGUGUGAUGCUCAUUUCCCCUAUGACAACAUUGCAAAACCUUCUUUAUUAACUAGAAAUGAAGUAUCAACGCAUUUUGGUGCAAUACCUUGACUCCUUGGUGCUAAUGAUCAAUAAAUUCAGUGCUUGCUGGUACAAGGUGUUACCUGUAAUUGCAAGAUGAGAAAAUGUGAGCCUGAGUCUGAGUCAGGUCUCUCAAGUCAAAUUCGGUGUUUACAAAAGACGUAUUUCAUGUACUACAAAUGAACAACUGGGAAAAAGAUGUAUCUCAUGUAAUAGGAACAAACAACUGUAAAAAAGUCAAGACGUAUUUCAUGUAAUAGGAAUAAACAACCAACAGCUGCAGAAGUGAUGCUGUUCCACAUUGUUUUAAAAACAGAUUAUUUUGUUAUGGGAUGUCACAGAGGGAUCAUGUGGAAAGAGAAAAUAUGACAAAAAUAGCAUGAAUAUUUCUAAACCUUCCAACUUGUUGAAACUGCAUGUGUAGGAGGAUGUCUGCUGUUUGUACAGACUUUCCAAAUGUUUUGUAAACUAUAUUUAUUGUGCAUUGAGAUUCCAUUUUCCCUGAAGGCAUGCAGUCAUGAACAUUGCAGAAAAUUAGCAGCACAUACAGUAAUAGUGCGGUCUAAGAGACUCAACACUUUGUCUUUCGCCAGUGUGUAAUGACUAGAGAUGUGUAAAUCUUUGUGAACAUUCUGUACUGGCUUCCCAGACCCCCUUCAUUCCCUGCUAUCCGAUUUCAGCACAAUAAAUAUACUACUGCCGUGGGAAAAGUGA